CCCACCGUCCGUGAAGGCACCAGCAGCCCGCGGAAAAAGAAACAAACAUGGCUGAGUCGGUGUCUGAUGGUGAGCAGCAGGCUGUGAAGCCUCCACCCAAACGACGACGCAUCCUUGACCCUUCAGCCAUCGUCUCAGUUCCCGUUUACUCCAACAAGGUGAAAAGCAGUCUGCAGAUGAAGCCGAUGGCAGCUAUGUUCGCGGAAAAGGAAAACUCAGACGACGCUGCAGACGACAGUUUGUGGUCUCAGUUGUCAUCUCGAGUACCAGCAGCAAACGUCGUCCACCUCAGUGACUCUGAGGAGGACGAAGCAGAACUCCAGACCAAGAAAACAGAAGAAGCAACCUCUUGCUGCCCGUCUCCUCCUCAGAGUCCGGUCCAGAAACAGUCCAGACAGGUCACAAGGAAGAUCAGUGAGAUCGACAGAAGGCUCCGGGACGUGAACUCCCUCAUGUCUCCUGAACCUCAAGACAGGAAGUGCGUCAUGGAGCAGGAGGAUGACGACGACGACGUCAUCGUCAUGAACCCCUUCUCUGGACGUCAGAGUUCUCCGUACAGCUCCUCGGUCCGGGAGAUCCCCCUGAAGAUCCGCUGCCGGACCGACGUCCACAAGAUCCCGGUUCUGUCGUCGACCCCUCUCAGUGAUGUGGUGACCAAGCUGUCCGUCCUCCUCGACGUUCCUCCUCCUCGCCUCCUGCUGCUGAGGGAGGAGGUGGAGCUCCAGACGGAUGCCACCGUCGGCGAGCUCGGCCUCGGCAUCGCUGACAUCAUCGAGUGCGUCGUCAUGGCAGCGGAGGAUAACAGUAAAGCCGACAGCAGUAGCAGUAGCAGCAGCAGCAUCACUGUGAGGCUGCAGAGCAAAGACAGAGACUCCUCACAGGACUUCUCUCUGCACCGAGACGCUCCGCUGGCCUCCAUCUUCUCCCAGUAUCUUUCCCGGAUGCCCUCCAUCGCUCAGACGAAGGUCCGCUUCCACUUCGACGGCUGCAAAGUGACGGAUGGACAAACGCCGGCUCAGCUGGACAUGGAAGAUGGAGACAUCAUCGAAGUUUGGCUUUAGGUUCUGUUCAUAACAUCCAUCAUUUGUAAAAAAAAUAAUCCACCCUUUAGUUACUUUAUUUGUAAAAGAUACUUUAUUUGUAAAAUGAAAACAGAUAAUGGGAUUAUAUGUUUAGACAUUUUAAAAAACCAACAGUAAACAUGUACGAGCCCAUAAAUAUUUGUGCAAUUGUAAACUUAUUUGAAUGUCUUUGACUGUACAAUAACCUCUACUUUGUACUUUUUACUGAUAUUGGAAAGAAUAAUAAAGUGAGUAAAAGUUGCUCUCCGUAAGAAAACUCUCAGGUAAUAUUACGUCUCAGUGCUUUAAUUUAAAUCAUUUUAUUUAUUUGUUUAUUAUUAACGUGUGUACAUUUAAAAAAAUAUAUUUGGGAUGAAAAUUUAAAAUCUAAAAUGUAACUACAAACUGUCAAAUAAUUGUUAUUGAAGAGAGAAUCCAAUAUUUUCAAUAUUUAAGUAUAAAGUACUGUAUAAUUGAAAUGAUACCUCAGAACUGUACUUAUUAUGCAGUACUGGAGUAAAUGUACUUAUUAAUAGUAUAGUAAUAGUUACUUCCACGGUGGAAAUUAAUAAAGAAAUGUAAAGAAAAAA